AUGACGCAGCAACAUAAAGAAAAAGAUACGUACAUGCCUAAAGAUUUUGAAUCAAAGAAGACACAAAAACAACGAAUGCAGUGUCCUGUGUGUUUGAAAACAUACGCCAGGCCAGGAACGCUAAAGAUUCACUUACGGGUUCACAACGGUGAAAAGCCAUAUAAAUGCCCACAAUGCUCCAAGGCCUUCACUCAAUCCGGGAACCUUGCAGUACACAUGCGCAUUCACACCGGAGAAAAGCCUUUCGCCUGCAGGAGUGAUUCGUCCUACAUCAAAACCACGUCACUGGAUCAAAUUCCAUUCCACGCUUUUUAUUACGUGCCUAUGGCACACAGUCCUUGUAAGUUUGUUCACGUGGCUCAUGAAACAUCUACCAACUCUGACCUAACUGACCAGGUCGUCAGUUCCCCCCCGGAGAAAGGAAAUCUCGCUCCUAGACCCUCCGUUAUCCAAUUCGUUGAUGAAAACCAAAAGGUUCACAUGCGAAUUCACUCAGGUGAAAAGCCCUAUCGGUGUCAGUUUUGCCCCAAGGCCUUCGCUCAAUCAGGAAACCUCUCCGCGCAUGUGCGGAUUCACACAGGAGACAAACCUUACAAGUGCAGUUACUGUGAUAAACGUUUUACCCAGUCGUCCGCUCAAAAAAAUCACGUGAUGAUGCACUUAAGGAGAAUGGUAAGCUACCGUCAGGCUGGUGUCAACUACAUGCUGAAUUGA